GUCUGGCCCUUUAAGGGCCGCCCUCGAGGAGGUGCCAGGUCCUGUGGCUCCGGUCUGGGCUUCCUGGUCCUGCGGGCUAAGAACUGUGCGUGGGACCGUGGGAAGAGGCCGUGUCCGGUGGCCGCCCCGGGCUGGCCCCAUGGCCCUGGUCACUGUGAGCCGCUCGCCUCCGGCCAGCGGCCACUCCACACCCGUAGGGCCCACGGACCAGCCCAUCAAGCAGAGAAGCCGGCUCCAACGCAGGCAGAGCUUCGCUGUACUGCGUGGGGCCGUCCUGGGACUGCAAGACGACGAUGAUGGAGACCAUGGCAAGGAUGCCACCGAGGAGGCCAGCAUGGAGCCGGGCGAGGAGCAGCCCCUUGCAGACCAGACGGAUGGGCAGGGGUCCCAGAAACGGGGGCCGAGCCAGCACCUGCACCACAUGGUGGAGCUGCUGAGGCCUCAGGAUGAUAUCCGCCUGGCGGCGCAGCUGGAGGCAGCCCGGCCCCCGCGGCUGCGUUACCUGCUGGUGGUUUCCACGCGGGAACCUUCGAGCCAGGAUGAGACCGUCCUCCUGGGGCUGGAUUUCCCAGACAACAGCUCCCCCAGCUGCACCCUCGGCCUGGUCUUGCCCCUCUGGAGUGACACCCAGGUGUACCUAGAUGGAGAUGGGGGCUUCAGCGUGACAUCCGGGGGGAAGAGCCACAUCUUCAAGCCCAUUUCCAUCCAGACCAUGUGGGCCACACUGCAGGUGUUGCACCAAGCCUGUGAGGCAGCACUGGGUGGCGGCCUGGUACCUGGGGGUAGCGCCCUUGCCUGGGCCACCCACUAUCAAGAGAGACUCAACUCUGACCAGAACAGCAUCAAUGAGUGGAUGGCCAUGGCCGACCUGGAGUCUCUACGGCCUCCCAGCGCCGAGCCCGGCCGACCCUCUGAACAGGAGCAGAUGGAGCAGGCCAUCCGGGCAGAGCUGUGGGAGGUGCUAGACACCUGUGACCUGGAGAGCAUCACUUCCAAGGAGAUCCGCCAGGCCCUGGAGCGGCGCCUGGGCUGUCCUCUGGAGCAGUACCGAGACUUCAUCGACAACCAGACGCUGCUGCUCAUGGCCCAGCAGGACAGGGCCUCCCGCAUCUUCCCCCACCUCUACCUGGGCUCCGAAUGGAAUGCCGCGAACCUGGAGGAGCUGCAGAGGAACAGGGUCAGCCACAUCUUGAACAUGGCCCGGGAGAUUGACAACUUCUACCCCGAUCGCUUCACCUACCACAACGUGCGCCUGUGGGACGAGGAGACGGCCGAGCUGCUCCCACACUGGAAGGAGACACACCGCUUCAUUGAAGCCGCGAGGACCCAGGGCACAUGUGUCCUUGUCCACUGUAAGAUGGGCGUCAGCCGCUCGGGUGCCACCGUGGUGGCCUACGCCAUGAAGCAGUAUGGCUGGAGUUUGGAGCAGGCCCUGCGACACGUGCAGGAGCUGCGUCCCGUCGUGCGCCCCAACCCCGGCUUCCUGCGCCAGCUGCUUACCUACCAGGGCAUCCUGACAGCCAGCCGGCAGAGCCACCUGUGGGAGCAGAAGGCGGGGGGCAUCUCCCCAGAGGAGCCCCUGGCCCCUGAAGUGUCCACGCCAUCACCACCUCUCCCACCAGAGCCAGGGGGUGGUGGGGAGGUGCCGGUUUUGGAAUCGGAUGAGAAGCAGGCAGCACCCAAGUGCGAGCCUGGGCCACGGCCCCGGAUCAACCUUCGAGGGGUCAUGCGCUCCAUCAGCCUGCUGGAGCCAGAGGGCGCUCCCGGGGACAGCGACCUGCCGGAGGUUUUUUCCACCCACGAGUCUUCAGACGAAGAGCCCCCGCAGCCCUCGAGGGCCAAAGGAGUCCGACGCACCCCCCGGAGGCCGUGGCCUGCCCUCAAGUCCCGCCAGUCAGUGGUUGCCUUGCAGAGCGCCGCCCUGGUGGCUGCCCGGACCCAGGCCUUCAAGGAGCAGGGUCAGGGUGAGGCCAGCCCAUCCCCUGCACCCAGACCGCGGAAGGUGGUGAGGCAGGCCAGCGUGGACGACAGCAGAGGGGAGAGCGAGAACUAAGCAUGGCGGCUCGAGCACCCCUGGCCCUGGCAGCCACUUUCUCCAGCGGGUGCUUGACCUGGCACUGUAGCCUCACCUCCUGCAGCCAUAACGGACUACGUGGCCAUGCCCUCAGCCCCUGCCCUCACUCACCAACAGCCGCCAAUCACAGGGCUUUCAGGUGUUCAGCCUGGCCCAUCCACCAGCC